AUGGAUCCAAUCAAGUAUGAUUUUGAAAGCCCAUUCAUACAUGGGAGAAUAGAAAAAUGGCAAGUCAUACUUUCACAAUAUGACAUUGUUUAUAUGACAAAAAAGGCAGUAAAACGGAGUGUGAUUAUAGACCUCCUAGUAGAAAAUCCAAUUGAUGAUGAGGAGGCUCUAGACUUCGAAUUCCUGAAUGAGCACAUCAAUGUGAUAAGUGAAGAAAAUGAGGGGCAAGAUAAUGUGUGGGAGAUGUAUUUUGAUGGGCUGGUUAACCUCUCAGGAAAUGGGAUUGGAGCAGUAUUAGUAUCCCUAAAUGAGAAACAUUUCCCGGUGGCAGUUAAGCUAAAAUUUGAAUGUACCAAUAAUAUUUCAGAAUAUGAAGCCUGUGUUAUGGGUUUGCAAGCUGCCAUUGAAAUGAAAGUGAAGAAGUUAGAACUGUAUGGAGAUUCUGCCUUGAUCAUUUACCAAGUCAAGGAAGAAUGGCAGACUAAAGACCCAAAGCUAAUCCCAUACCAGAAGUAUCUCCUGGAACUGAUUAAAGAGUUUAAAGAAAUCUCUUUUACUCAUCUAAGUCGUGAUAAGAACCAAUUCGCAGAUGCUUUGGCCACUCUAGCGAUUAUGACUCAAAUGGAGGAGGGAACUGGAGAAUACCUUCCAGGGACAAGUAGAAAUGAGAAAAAGAUUAUCAGAAGAUUAGCAUUGGGAUAUUUCUCCAUUGGCCAGAUUUUAUGCAAGAAAAGCUUUAAUGGUGAACUGUUAAGAUGUGUAGAUGCAGAAGAGGCUAAGAGGAUUCUUUUUGAAACCCAUGAGGGGAACUGUGCCACCCAUGCCAAUGGACGCAUGAUGGCCAAACAAAUCUUGCUGUGA